AUGGUGGUGGUGAGGGCCUCGGGUGUGGUGGACAUGGGAAGUGGGCGCGAAUUUUUUUGGGUUGGCUUUUCAGGGACGUUGACGGAAGGCGGGACAAAUGCGAAUGUGACAACAGCAAUGUUGAUGGACGUUGGGCGACUUCACGCAACAUGGUGCGUCGACCGGGGCUGGGGACCGGAGGACGCCGGCCGGCCGCCGGGCCAGGCGCUGACUAAAUGUCCGGAAUGCCGCCCGGGUGUCCGGUUGCCUGUUCGGGCAGCCGUUGAAUGUUUGAGACGAUCACUUUACUUUGCCGUUGCAAUGCAAAUGGAUGUGAGUCUGGGAUCGACGCUGGAGAGGAUCAAACUGGACCCUUGA